CCCAAGUGGACAAGAUAGUUAGCAAAGCUGACGGCUAGCGUCUCCCUUUUGACAAAACAGAGGUUUUAAACUCGGAUAACAUAUAUUCUGUAAUCAAAAUAACCUUAGCGUGUGUGUGACAAUUGUUGAGUUUAAGUCGUUAGUUGGGGGAAUGUAUUAUUUUCGAAGAGAAGCGCACAAAUGUUUUGUUUUUUUUAGCUGACAAGCUAACUUGUGGGUCCAAUUCAACCAAGCUAAAUGUAAAUAAAUAAACGUAACUGAGUGUAAUGUUAUGUCGCACAAGUUGUACAAAUAAAGUUUGAUACAACUUGUGUCACUGCAAGCUCUCACCCCUUUCAGAGAUAACUUUAUGCAAACUUAACCAUAAACCCCAAAAUGUUCUGCAGAAUGCCUAUACGGCGGUGCAUUAUACGUUUACAUCCACAUUAUAAAUGUGAUUAAAGGACACUUUUUGGGCAAUUCGCGACAGUUGCAAGGAUUGUUGGCCAUGGCGAGCGCCUUGGGGGCCAAGAUGGGAUUUAACUCGCUGGUGAGGAAGCAAAACAGGAGCUUCACCGUGAGGAUCUGCACUAUGGAGUCAGACAUGGAGUUUAGCUGCAAGAUGAAAUGGAAGGGAAAGGACCUCUUGGACCUGGUGUGCAGAACCCUGGGGCUGAGAGAGACGUGGUUCUUUGGGCUGAGGUACACCUUCAAGGACACGGUCACUUGGCUGAAGAUGGAGAAGAAGGUUCUGGAUCAGGACGUACCCAAAGAGGAACCCAUCACUUUUCACUUCCUGGCCAAGUUCUACCCGGAGAAUGUUGAGGAGGAGCUGGUGCAGGACAUCACACAGCAUCUCUUCUUCCUCCAGGUCAAGAAGAAGAUCCUAGAGGAGGAGAUCCAUUGUCCUCCUGAAGCAUCCGUGCUGUUGGCCUCCUACGCCGUCCACGCCAAGUACGGAGACUACAACCCCAACGUUCACAAACCCGGCUUUUUGGCUCAGGAGGAGCUGCUGCCUAAACGGGUGAUCAACCUGUAUCAGAUGACAGCCGAGAUGUGGGAGGAGAGGAUUGCGGCAUGUCACGCAGGACACAGGGGUCGCACCAGGGAGGAGGCCGAGAUGGAGUAUCUGAAGAUAGCUCAGGACCUGGACAUGUACGGCGUCAACUACUUCUUAAUCAGGAACAAAAAGGGAACAGAGCUUCUCCUGGGAGUGGACGCCCUGGGACUGCACAUCUACCAGCCGGACAACAGGCUGACCCCCAAGUGCUCCUUCCCCUGGAAUGAGAUCCGCAACAUCUCGUACAGCGACAAAGAGUUCACCAUCAAACCUCUGGACAAGAAAGCCAACGUCUUCAAGUUCAACUCUUCACGGCUGAGAGUCAACAAGCUGAUCCUGCAGCUGUGCAUUGGCAGCCAUGACCUGUUUAUACGCCGGCGGCGGGUGGACUCUCUGGAAGUGCAGCAGAUGAAGGCCCAGGCCAAGGAGGAGCGGGCCAAGAAGCAGAUGGAGAGGCAGCGCCUGCAGGAGGAGAAACAGCUCCGGGAGGAGGCAGAACGGGCACGCGACGAGCUGGAGAGGAGAUUGAUUCAGCUGCAAGAUGAAGCCAACAUGGCCAACGAAGCGCUGCUGCGUUCGGAGCAGACGGCGGACUUGCUCGCCGAGAAGGCCCAGAUCGCCGAAGAGGAGGCCAAGCUGCUGGCUCAGAAGGCGGCCGAGGCGGAGACGGAGAUGCAGCGCAUCAAGGUGACGGCCAUGCGGGGCCAGGAGGAGCGGCGCCUCAUGGAGCAGAAGAUGCUGGAGGCGGAGAUGCUGGCGCUCAAGAUGGCCGAGGAGUCGGAAAGGAGGGCCAGGGAGGCGGAGCAGCUGAAGCAGGACCUGCUGGAAGCCAGAGAGUCUGAGCACAGGGCCAAACACAAGCUCCUGGAGAUAACAAGCAGAGUGUACACGAACCCGACGUUGCCGGCGGACUGCAUGCCUCCCGAAUUGAGCUUCAGCAGCGAGAACCUCAGCUUUGACUUUAAAGACACCGACAUGAAACGACUCUCCAUGGAGAUCGAGAAAGAGAAGGUGGAGUACCUGGAAAAGAGCAAACACCUUCAGGAGCAGCUGAACGAGCUGAAGACGGAGAUCGAGAGCCUGAAGCUGAAGGAGCGUGAAACGCCGCUGGACGUCAUCCACAACCACAACGCCGAGCAUGGCACCAGCAAGCACAGCAACUUAAAAAAGCUGACACUGCAGAGCACCAAGUCCAGAGUGGCCUUCUUUGAAGAACUCUAAAAUAGUGUGUUCAUGAACGUUCUGACAACCUUCCUGUCCUGGAACAUUCCUCCGCCGCUACCGCUACGUGACGCACACAUCAUUUGGGAUUCAUUUUAAAAUGAAAACUGUUGAGCGGAUGUACUACUACUAAAUCAUAUCAAUUACAUAAUAUAAUAACUUUGUCAUAAAGUUACAUUUAUACGUAUUAUUAUACGUCACAUGUUUACACUUGAUGUGUAAACCAAUUGCUAGAAAUGUUUAAUAGUACAUAUAAUAGUUUGUAGCUAGUUAAUAAUGAAGUAAUAGUACUAAAUACACUCCUGAUCAAAAUAUUACAAAGUUGAAAAAUUGCAAAAAAUUAUUAUUAAAAAGCAUUACAGUGAAAUAGGUCAAAAGUACUAGUUAUAGCUAAAAUAAAAAUAGCGUUAUUGGUUUGGGCAUGCUUGAUGCCUGUUUUUCCGGAGGCGAGUGGGAAUGUUGCAGGUGGUGAAGAUGGCUUCACGGAGGGCAUCAGCUGUCCGGAACGGGAUGCCCGUUUUUUGUAAACAUUGCUUGCCAUCCAUCCGCAAAUGUUCCCAAUUGGAUUUCAAUCAGGGGAACAAAAGAGUGACUUUAGAAUCCUUUGUCAAUGAAGUGCACCUAAACCUCCAUUGUUCCAUCAAAGGAAAACAUCCCAGGUCGGAUCUCCUUGGAAGAUUGGAAGCCAUCAAGGUUACAUCUUUUCUCCUUCAGAGAAUAAAACUUCCCUCCACGAUUUAAUGUCCCAUGUUUGGUUCUCUCCAAACGGGCAAUUUUGAGUUUUUUCUUCCUAAAAGCUUCCUCUGGCAGAUGCCGUCUGAUGGUUGCUGGACUGCACUCAGCACCAGUAACAACCUUCAUUUGGGCCCGAGAUAUGGUCCCGUGUCUUGACGGACAGCCAAUGUGGACCCGCCUUUUGAUUAAGCUGAUGAACAGCCUGCAAAUUCUUGCAAUUUUUCAUUCAGUCUUAAAAUUUUCGAUUUGGAGUGUAUGAUGAACAAAAUACAUAUCUAUAUGACUCCACUUCAUGAGAACCUCAAACGUUCCAAUUUGAAAAAUUAAUUCAUUAGCUAGCCACUAGAUGGCAACACAUUUGCCUUUACUCGGAAUGCCUUACCUCUAAACUUGUCAACAAACAAAAAACCUCUAUUAUCAUUCAUAUUAUUCUAACCAUGUGUAAGCAUAUGCUAAUUUUUAUUUCGGUUAUGUGGACAGAAACGAGUUCCACACUAUUAUGUCAUGGAUAUUACCACAAUACUGUUUGUUUAUCAAAAUUUCAUCAAAGUAGGAUUCCUUAAUUACAAUUGAAAUAUUUUCAUAAUUACGACAUUAAAAAAAAAUCUGGUUAUAACCUUCAAAAUAUAGUUUUUAGUAUUAUUACUGUGGAAGAGCAAUUGCAAUAUAGUGUACUACUAUGAAUGUGAAUGUGAGUGUGAAUGGUUGUUUGUCUAUAUGUGUCCUGUGAUUGGCUGGCGACCAGUCCGUGAGGUGUGCCCCGCCUCUCGCCCGAAGACAGCUGGGAUAGGCUCCAGCUUUGUAUUGGUAACUGCGGAGGAGCGAUUGCAAUACAGUCAGCUAAGCCUUAUUGUUGUUUAAGUCAGCUAUAACGUAACGCUAUCAUCUUUUAUUAUGAUCCUUUAGCAUAAAAUGACCCAUAUCGGUUAGCUUUUAGCAUCUUUAAUGUACAUUUGCAUACUUCUUCUGUCCUUUCAGUUAGAUUGACGUGUUCUCGGGCACAGGAUGGAGAUUUCGCCCAGUAAAAUUCUCAGUAAUGGCUUUGGAAUGUUUUCCUUCCGUUAUGCAAAUGAGCGUCUUUUCGGCUGGGAAUUAAAUCUGCGUAUUAGACACUCCCUGCUGAGAACAUCGUUUCCCACAGUCACCUCAUGAGAGAACUGCCGCUGGCGGUGUUGACAAAUACAGUAUACAGUCAGAGGAAGUAAGUUACUCUUGAAAAGUCAGUUUUAGAAGCUUUUGGUUGAAUCUUAAGAAUAUAAAAAUAAUCAUGGUUUGGAAUAAUGGAGUUACUUAAUGUCAGAUGUGAUCAUGUAAAACACAAUAAUGUAAAAAUGUAAGACAAAAGCUCUUUAAUAGUGUAUUUUAGAAGCUUUUGGUGAAAUCUUAAGAAUAUAAAAAUAAUCAUGCUUUGGAAUAAUGGAGUUACUUAAUGUAAGAUGUGAUCAUGUAAAACACAAUAAUGUAAAAAUGUAAGACAAAAGCUCUUUAAUAGUGUAUUUUAGAAGCUUUUGGUGAAAUCUUAAGAAUAUAAAAAUAAUCACGGUUUGGAAUAAUGGAGUUACUUAAUGUCAGAUGUGAUCAUGUAAAACACAAUAAUGUAAAAAUGUAAGACAAAAGCUCUUUAAUAGUGUAUUUUAGAAGCUUUUGGCGAAAUCUAAGCAGGUAAAUAUUGCAUAAUAAAUAAAAAUAACCAGCACAUUCAACCCAGCAGACAGUGUUUUGCUUUGGAAUAUUUUAGCUACGUCAGGUAAUAUUUAACUUUAACAGCCUGUUUUAGAAGCUUUUGGCGAAAUCUAAGCAGGUAAAUAUUGCAUAAUAAAUAAAAAUAACCAUCACAUUCAAACCAACAGACAGGAUUUUGCUUUGGAAUAUUUUUGCUACGUCGGUAAUAUUUAACAGCCUAUUUUGAACUUUAACAGCCUGUUUUAGAAGCUUUUGGUGAAAUCUUAAGAAUAUAAAAAUAAUCAUGGUUUGGAAUAAUGGAGUUACUUAAUUUAAGAUGUGAUCAUGUAAAACACAAUAAUGUAAAAAUGUAAAACAAAAGCUCUUUAAUAGUGUAUUUUAGAAGCUUUUGGCGAAAUCUAAGCAGGUAAAUAUUGCAUAAUAAAUCAAAAUAACCAGCACAUUCAACCCAGCAGACAGUGUUUUGCUUUGGAAUAUUUUAGCUACGUCAGGUAAUAUUUAACUUUAACAGCCUGUUUUAGAAGCUUUUGGCGAAAUCUAAGCAGGUAAAUAUUGCAUAAUAAAUAAAAAUAACCAUCACAUUCAAACCAACAGACAGGAUUUUGCUUUGGAAUAUUUUUGCUACGUCUGUAAUAUUUAACAGCCUAUUUUGAACUUUAACAGCCUGUUUUAGAAGCUUUUGGUGAAAUCUAAGCAGGUAAAUAUUGCAUAAUAAAUAAAAAUAACCACCCCAUUCAACCCAGCAGACAGUAUUUUGCUUUGGAAUAUUUUUGCUACAUUGGUAAUAUUUAACAGUCUAUAUUUAACUUUAACAGCCUGUUUUAGAAGCUUUUGGUGAAAUCUAAGUAGGUAAAUAUUGCAUAAUAAAUAAAAAUAACCAGCAC